AUGUUUCUGAGGCCGUGGAAAUGCUUUGUGUCUCUCUUGACGGAUUCCAAAGAAUUGGCUACAGAGUUAGAGCUAGAUGAUCUAACAUUACCACGGAUAAGUGUUUCCCCUGCGAUGAAAUUAGUAACCACAUCUUUGGAUGAGAGGUUCAGUCAACUGAAAUCUCAUGGUGAUUAUUUUGAUUUUCUCUACAUCAGCGAGCUGAAGAAUGCCCCUCCUGACAGCCUGAACACAAAGUGUAGAAACCUCGCAGAGAUUUUGCAAGAUCAUGAGUCAAGCGACAUUGAUGCACUGGAGUUGAGGGUAGAUUUAAAAGUGCUUUCCACAUUGUUGAAACGUGGAAUAGUUCCAAAAGAGACUCUACAGUUUAUAGGAAGACAUAAUUUUUGCCCUUAUGUUAACAUUGCUCUGAGAAUUCUCCUAAGACUCCCAAUGACAGUUGUGAGUGGAGAGAGGAGCUUCUCAAAACUGAAACUGAUAAAGACAUACCUCCGAUCAAUGAUGAGCCAAACUAGUUUGAAUGAUCUUGCAACAAUAUCGAUUGAGCACGAACAUGCAGAAGACUUAAAUUACACAGAUCGUGUGAAAGAGUAUGCACAAGCAAAAUCCAGGAAGGUUCGAUUUGUCUAG